UCUCGCGUGUGACGCACUUUCGUCAACACUGCCAACAUGGAUAUCACAAAUCUGUUUAAAGCGACAGUGAAGGCUGUCAAAUCACGCAACAAGGUCAUCGGCGAACCGGAUAAUGACAAAAGCACCAUUCUCAGUACCAAGAGAAAGAAAGGAGAUUUUGAAGUGAAAGCCAAAGAUGUGGUUAAUACCAUAACCAAGCUCCGGGAUUUCCUGCUUCAGCAUCGGAAGGAAUACGUCAAUGCUGGCAGUCACCUGGCAACAGAAUCAUCAAAGAUGACUGAUUCAGAUCGGGAUCAGAUUGACACAGAUUCACAACAGAUCAUUAAAAAGUGCCAGGAGACGAUUUCCAUGUUUCGACAGGAGGCAAACAGCCAGCGGGUUCAUCCUCAGGUCAAGGAACACCGACAGUCUGUCAUGGUUCUGAUUGGAGCUUAUUUAAAGGUUGUCUGUAAGAUCUACAGUGAGCAGAGAGCUGUGAGAGUGAAGAGAGUCGUGGACAGGAAGAGGAUAUCCCGUCUGGAGCCCGAAAGGAGGAUGCACAUCGCCAAACAUCUGGAGGACAACGCAGACCCAAGGCCACAAGCUGAUGUUAAACAGUCAGAGAAGUCUGAAAAGUCUCGAGUUGCCCUGGAGAAAAGCAGCCAUGCUGACGAUGAUGAUGAAAUUUCACCAGAGGAAGCACAGAUGUUUGAGCAGGAAAAUCAGACAAUCUACAACGAAAUGAACAGCAUGUCAGAUGAAGUAAGACAAAUAGAAGGGAAGGUGGUUGAAAUAGCAAAACUACAGGAAAUAUUUUCAGAAAAAGUUUUAGAACAGGAGAAAGAUAUAGACAGGAUAGCCAAUACAGCAGUUGGAUCAACGGAGAAUAUUAAAGAUGCCAACGAGGAAAUCAGGGAGGCAAUCAAGAAGAAGGCUGAGUUUCGAGUUUGGAUUCUGUUCUUCCUGGUGGUGUGUUCAUUCUCUCUCCUCUUCCUCGACUGGUACAAUGGAUAACACAACCAGAACGUCUAGAUGAACCUUAACUUAUAUAGCUCUAAGCUUGCAGCUUUAUAACAUUUGAAACAUACACCGUAAAGUAACAUCAUGAAAGAUAAAUCAUCUGAUGCAAAAGACGUCAUGAAUGUGUUCCAAUAGUUUUGUUGCCAUGGAAAUGAGAAACUGCUGAAUUAUCAGGUUUCAAUGAAAAAAGAAUGUGUACUGCAGUGGUGCUGUUGUCAUGGAGACAAGUACAUUGCCAUGCAAGAAGAAAACUAUCUAGGGCUGCUGUGAACAUGAUGAAUGCAAGUUGUAUACCGUAAAGUCUCCUAUAAAAGGAUCAGAUUCUUGAUCAUGUUUGAGUCUGUUGGAACGAAGGAAAUGAAAUAUUGAGGUUGUUAUGGAUACUUUUUAGGUGCAAUGAAGCUGAUAAUCACGAUCAUCAUAAUCACACGAUAUAGAUAAUCAUGAAAAUAUACACCAAAUGUGUGUAGAUUCUGAUGUGAUGAUGUACAGGAUAUAGAAUCCCACCUGAUCGCCUUGUCUCCUGUAUAGCUAAAAUACAAAUCUACACAUUUACUUGUAAAUAGUAUUUCUCACAUUUAAUUUUUCAGAGAUGUCUUUAUUUGACAGUAGGAUUUAGAUAAAUACCUCACUAGAAUCAAUCUGUGAUCCAUGCACCAACCACAUACAGGUUGGGUUUAUUCGGGAAUGGUGAUGGGGUGUUAUAUUAACUGUUAUUAGUGACCAACUAUUUAAUAUUGUGGCAGGGGGCCUGGGAUUUUUUCCUGAAGGAGAAUCUAAAUAAUCAUAUUUAUUCAUUGGAAUUUAUUUUAACACCAAUCUC